AUGCUGCUCUACUACCGCCUCAGCAGUGAACAUGCGGGGUCGUACCGGCAGUGCAUGCUCUCGUGCAGCGCACUCUCCCUGGCCGAAGUGAAGCACCUUCUCGCAGCCCGUUGCGGCCUCGCCAGCGAGUAUGGCCGCAAGAUCGACUUCCGCAUCUUCUUGGCGGGAAGUCAGACGCCAGCUGGAGCGGGGGCGGGCGAGGAGCUGACCGAGAUCGUCGACGAAAACCAAAUGAUCCAUGCGUACUCCAAGGUGGUGCUGCAGCGCGUGGCCAUCACGUAUGGCGGCAGCCAAAGUGUGCUGCACAAAGCGCGCUCCGAGCUCUCUCAGGAAGAGUGGAAAACGGCGGAAGAGCGGAAGUGGGGCGGUCGCCUGAAACGGCUGCCUCCCGAGUGGCUGUGCGUCUUGUGUCACCGCGUCAUGACGAAUCCGGUUCUCGUCCGGUGCGCCAGCAACUGCGCUCAGUCUGCGUGUCUCGCGUGUCUCGAAGCGCGCCUCGGUCCGAACCGGAUCUGUCCGUUCUGCAACAGCCCGUUUCGCCAGGCAAUCCGCAACAAACGUCUCCAAGAGAUUAUUGCUCUCGCGAACUUGUCCGAAUUCGAGCCUGCGCCCGGAGCCGCAGGCGGGGGACAGCACCCCGGUCAGCAGAGACAGUUAGAGGCCGCAAACAGUGCAUCCUCCACUGGCGAAGGCUCCAGAGAUGCGACGUGCAGUGCGCGGCGAGAGGGACAGGCAGACUCCGCCGGCAGAGGGGGCUCCAGAGAAAGUCUCAGUGCGGCUGGUGCGGGCCUCCGAGACCUUUCUUCUGGCGGGAAGGUCAGCGAAGAAAAAGAGGCUGACGAAGAUGCGAGGGUGGACAGUAGCACAAGUGUACAUACACCGGGGACCAAGGAGGGCUGUCGUGGGGAGACAGACUGGCUGCACUUCGUCUACUUGGUGCCGCAGGAGAACUUGACACUCAUGCGGCAGUACGACAUGAUGGUCGUCGAGAGCUCCUCGAAUCUGGCUCUCGCGCUGGCCCCUCGGACAAGACCCGCGCAGAGACGGGGAAACGGGACAGUCGAGACUGCGUCAGAGUCAGGGGAUCCCACCGAUGGUGAAAAAGAGGAAGAGACCAGGAGCGACGCUGGGGACGCCGGAGCUGGAGGCGCGACGAACGGACCGGAGGACCAACUCUGCGGCGCCGGGAAGAACACGAAUCAUCAGGUUUUUCUCGUACCUCUCUGUUCUGCCGGCGGGGGAACUUCGUUUUCAAUCGCUGGCUUCGCGCGCGUCAGCAGCUCCAGGCACGUAGAUCCGGAAUCAGAUAGUGCCGCUGCGGCUGUCGCUCAGCAGUGGCAAAGUUCUCCUGGUCGGGCUUCGGCUUUGCCGGCGCAUCCCUGCAGUGCGCUGGCCUUUGGCGUGUACAACAUCACGUGGGACAGCAAAUUCACUCCCAUGCCCAUGCUGCCCUCGCGGAAGCAGCCGCUGUGCAGCCUGCUGGGUGCACACAGGAGGCAGUUCAAUGCGUCCGGCGUGCCUGCAGUUCCUGGUCUCCUGAAGCGCGAGGUUUUCGGCGGCGGGGGCGCCAGCAUGAUUGAGGCCGUCGUCGAGGCGGCCAAGUACGAGGAAGUCCUCACAUGCAUUAAAGAUUAUGCUCAGUUUGGGAGUCGACCUGCGGAGCCGUGGCAGUAUUCGACGCCGCAAACGUCUGCGAGGUCUGCAGCGGGUCCAGGCAUGCCAAAGAAAGGCUUACCCGCCGCGGGGCUCGGCCAGGAAGCGACACGCGUUCCUCCUCCUCCACCUCCACCAAGUGCGGGAGAAGGGAGUGUCCGUUCAUCGGGUUGUGCUUCAGCUCCAGAGAAACGUGAUGUGUCAUCGGAAGGACGAGGUCGGUCCGAUGUGGGCAGUGUGUCAAGCAGUCUCAGUCGAGGGGCGUCUCGGCCUGGAUCUCUCAACGGCGAGAGGAAGGAGACAGGUGGUGUGUUUGGCAUUCCUGUGAGCCUGGGACCGCCGUCGCUGAGUCUGCGUGGGGACCCGGGCCAGCCUAGCAACCCGUACUUGGGGUACUGUGCGCUCCUUCCCUUUCUCACAGAAGAGCAGUUUCGGCACAUUCGACGGCUGCAGAAGAGAGCCAUGGAAAUAUGCGGCUACACACAGCCGCUAGCUGAGCCUAGGAAACGACGCCGUUCUGGCAAAAAGAAAAGAGGAAAGGACGUCAGCCGUAGCGUGGGUAGCCGAGCCUUUCCUAGUGACGAGCCACUCGACGGGUGCGACCACGUAGAAGGGGGGAAGCAGGGAACAGACAGCAUGUGUGCAUGCGCGCCUACGCGCGACACAAAUGCAGAAUCUUUGUCAAUCCAGAACGCAGCAUCGGUUACACGCCGACCAGUUUCUGAUCCCGACUGUGCCAAAUCCACUGGCUCUCGCGUGCGUGGAGCCCCCAAGGCUCUCCCACGUGUACCCCCUGUGCUGAGAGUGUCGGCCACAAACGACAAAACUGACACUGAUACAACCCGGAACAAGGACACCGGGGACAGGCACUCGCAAGGCGAAGCUGCCGUCGUCGAGACGUGCAAGGCCGUCGAGGAGAACGUGGCGAGGGUUCCCAGUGCCGGGCCGGAUCCUGACUGCAGCGGGGAAUGUGAUUGA